GAAUGUCGGAAGCUAAUAAAACAGAAACAGUUGGCGGUGACAAUGUCAGUGACACGACGACACAUCACGUGGUGGCAGUUCGCGUCAUUGACGGUUUAGUCAGCGAUGAUAUGAGGUUGAUCUUUCAGAUAGUAAACUUCGCCACCAUCUGCCAACUUAUCGACGUGUUCGGGACUGUGACAAACGUCAUCAACUUGAUCGUGUUCGUCAGGCUCGGGUUCAACGACCCCGUCAACGUCAGCCUCUUCGGUCUGGCACUGUCUGACCUGGGCUGUCUGGUUACCUUGAUCUGGCUCAACACCUGCUUCAACCCGCUCUUCAACCAGUCCGACAUCCCGUUUGAAGCCAUGGAGGUGCAGUACCUGACGGCGGGCUGGCCGCAUGUUAGCUUUACCCGUAUCACCAGUUGGAUCACGGCCUGUAUCACGUUUGAACGGUGUCUUUGUAUCACGGUGCCCCUCAAAGUUAAGACCAUUGUCACUUCAAAACGAGUCGGGGUUAUUAUUUUGAUUAUUUAUAUCAUCCUCAUAGCAAGUACAGGACCGGUGUACUACGUGAAUAGGUUCGCCUGGAAAUUUUACCCCGAUAGGAAUAGAACUCUUAUUGGACUCGUUUUCACCGAAGACAGGGAAGCGAUUGAAAAAAUUCUGUUCGCAAUUCACAGCGUUUUCAUCCCAUUUUCAGCUUUUGGUACGGUCAUUAUUUGCACCGUAGUUCUAGUCGUCAAGCUCAAUGAAAAAACAAAAUGGCGAAAAGCCUCCACCGCGCAGGGCAAGUCUGAUAACGUGUCCAACCGCGAUCAAAAGGUCGCCCGAAUGAUUGUUAUGAUUUCCACAUUGUUUAUCGUCUGUUUCACGCCAAUGACCCUGUUUUUCGUGGCGAUGAUUGUCGAACCGGAACUCUCGAUUACUGGGGGGUACAGAAAUAUUUUUUUCAUCGUUUCGUCUUUUUCCUUCAUACUGGAAUCGACCAACUCGUCGCUGAAUAUUUUUAUUUAUUAUUCAAUGAGCAGCAAGUUCAAGGCCGAGUUCAAUAAGAUGUUCUGUAUUGAAGGGAAGGUUGACUUGAAAGAUGAUAUGUAGAUCUAGUAGAAUCGUGUUUUUAUUUUUAUGUAGUUGUCACCUUUGUAAGACUCGUAGACGUACCCUAAAUCGAAUCUGUGAUACUGUGAGAAAUCUGUUUUUUUUUUAAAUUUAAAAACUCAGACCUUGGCAAUUAAAGAAUCGAUACAGGUAUCAAUGGAGAUUCGAUUAUUGGGAUAUAACUCACCAAAAAAAUAGCCAUAGGUCUAUAACUUUCUUGUUUAGGUUUUUAUAAUUUAAACA